AGGCCAGAAUUCUACCUUCACGGCUACACGUGACCUUACGAACCCGGACUGGAGACUGGACUGCCUCCCUACGGGCUUUUCUUCUCCCGUUCACCUCGCCUUGCGCGCGCCCUCUCUUUCUAGUGCCGACGACCACGACGUAAGACCGCCGCCGCAUCCCUGCGCUAGGCGCCCAGGUCUUCGUCCGGCCCUUCGCCAGCCGCGACGAGCACCCACCAGCAGCUGAAAGAUGGAUGCGAACAGGCGCCAGAGUGGAAUCCAACAGUUGUUGGCUGCAGAGCAAGAGGCUCAGCAGAUUGUAAAUGCAGCUAGGGCUGCUAAGUCAGCAAGGCUUAGGCAAGCCAAGGAGGAGGCUGAGAGGGAAAUAGCUGAAUACCGUGCCCAGAUGGAGGCUGAAUUCCAGAGGAAGGUUGCAGAGAGCAGCGGUGACUCUGGUGCAAAUGUUAAACGUCUUGAGGAAGAGACAACAGCAAAAAUUGAACAACUCAGUCAACAGGCUGCAAGUAUAUCCCCAGAAGUCAUUCAGAUGCUUCUGAGGCAUGUCACCACUGUGAAGAACUGAAUGUUGUUGUCCGCAAAUAUGCUUGCAAGUUGCAACAUUGUAUUAUCUAUCUAUCUAUAUAUUUAUUAGUACAAGAAAGUGGUAAUAAAUGAAAUCCACUUUUAGCUGUAAUUCUAUGUUCUUAAUCAUAGAAUAAGGUCCCGUACAAUCAAUACUCGUUCAUCGGUUGGUGCAUGUAAAUGUUUUUUUCCCUAGUUUUCCUUUUUAUCAAAUGUUAUUUUCGUCUGGCUUUCUGAACA